AUGACUACUCGGCUCUUUUUGAUUCUUUUGCUCUUGGCUUCUCCUGUUGUUUUUGGAUGUUUUGGUCCUUCUUGUACCAAAAUUAUUUAUUCAAGACCAUGUAUUCAACCGAUGUGUGUUCCGAGAUGUACCACUGUGACAUGUUUCAGAAAGUAUUUCCUUCUCCCUCCACCACCGCCACCAAUUAUUAUCCGAACAGUACCAGUACAACGUUCUUGUUGCACAUUGACCAACUUCUCCUGCUGUCGAACAUUCUACGGAAAGAAGUAA